AUGGUUCCAACGUGCAGUGCUCUCCUGCGGCUGGUCUACGACAUCCGGAUACUUCUUUGUUUUGUCGUACCUUGCCUGUUACUAUGUACCGUUAUACUGGCUAUCUGCGUGAAGCCAAGGAUGAAAGAUGACUGCCAAGAAAUGCCCCGAAAUGAACGCAUCCAAGCAAGCUGUAAGCCAAUUUCUAUCAAACAAAGUGCACCUUGUCCACAGCAGAACUCUGGAGGAAAGGAUGAUGAAAAAGUCAGCGCAAAAGAACCUGAAAAAACACAUGAAGAGAAAAAAGUGAAAAACAAAGAAGGAGCACCCGUCAAAAAAACAUCAGCAGUAGCUGAAGCCAAGAAAGUAGACCAAAACCAGACUCGCAAAAUAAUUCCACCACCACUGGAUGAACGACCAAAAAAUCCUGGGUGCUAUAAGGAAGUGGAAGCGACAUCUAACUUACAGUCUUGGAGCAUUAUAAAAGAAGAAAAGGUUUCGUUUGAUUGAAGAAACAAUCAGAAGAAAC